AUGAACAAGGACAAGCAGAGCCAGGGGACUGGGUCCACCGAACCUCUUUCCCCAUCCAAAGGCCAGAAACCUACCAGGAUGCCCAAAUGCUCCCGCUGUAGGAACCACGGAUAUGUGUCCCCUCUGAAGGGACACAAACGCUUCUGCAACUGGAGGGACUGCCAAUGUCCUAAAUGUAAACUGAUAGCAGAAAGGCAGAGAGUCAUGGCGGCCCAGGUUGCCCUGAGACGGCAGCAGGCUCAGGAGGAGGAGCUUGGGAUUUGUAGUCCAGUAGCUCUGUCCGGCUCUGAGGUGAUGGUGAAGAAUGAAGCAGGACAGGACUGCUUGUUCUCUGUGGAGGCACGAUCCCCAACUCCCAGCAGCACCUCCACUCUGGCUGUCACAGGGAGUCGCUCGGCUUCAACCCCCAGCCCGUCAGCUGCUUCCCGAGCUCAUACUGAGGGAUCUUCAGACCUGCUGCUGGAAACCUCUUAUUACAACUUCUAUCAGCCUUCACGCUACCCCACCUACUACAGCAACCUCUACAACUACCAACAAUACCAGGUGACCAACAAUAACAACCCUGAUUUUACCAGUAACAGUCAGUCUAAUUUACCCCUUUUUGAGGGAUCAUUUUAG